AUGGCAAAGUCCAGCCACAGCAAGAUAGUCUGUGCUACGCCUCGCAAUGACACCCAGCGCAAGGUCACGAAGCCUACAACAAAGGGUACGGCGGCCUCGAAACCAGAAAGCUAUCGGCCCACCAAGGGCUGGUCUAAAAACAUCAAGUGCGACCCCAAGGACCCCAAAAACAUCAUCCAUGGCAAAAGAACACGGAAUGGCUCUCGGGUGAAUGAGUCACAGCUAGGCAAAGCUACGCACUCUAUCAUUCUGCCAGACGACGACAACAUAUCAAUUCAGAGAGCAAAUGCCGAAGCAGCGUCUCCCCCUGCGCCUCACAAACACACACAAAGAGCGUCUGAAAAAUCCGUCGAAGAGCCAGCGCCCGACACGUACAGCGAUGGCGAAACAAAAAUACACACCGAAGAGGAUAACACAGGAAAUGAAAUAUCACCCAGAGCACUCCGCCGUGGGAUUAUCGCUCUCGUCAAUCAUUCUUUGCAGAUCGCCGACGAUGUGGCAGGAUAUAUGCAAUUUUUUGGAGGUAACGAGGAACAAGCAGAGGAGCUGGACUGCGGUGUGAACGAAGUAUUGAUUAGGCGGGUGAAGAAAUGGAGGGCAGAAGAGAAGGCCCAGAAAGGGAAGGGCAGUAAGAAUGUCAGGUUUGCGGCCUGA